CAAGUGUAAUGGAACAAUCCGGUGCUUUCUUUGACCCCAAUGCCCCCCUAUCUGAUGCCCCUUACCCGCUUCAUUAGUAACACGAUCACUGCGACGUGCCCCCGCUUCCAUAAGGCAAAGAUCUUGGCCUUAUCUAGAUCUAUACACGUUGAUUUAUUCCCAACACGAGUUCCUCUUUUUUUCUUCUGCUUCUCUUCCCUUUCGACCUGGAUCCCUUCGUAUCUUUACUUCUCACACCUCCGGUCCCAACCCCUCGGGCCGACUAACGUUGCCUGCUUCUUGUACUGCAGCAUAAUAGCAUGUGGAGAUGGGUAUCGAAGAACAAUUUGUGCUACUCUCGCUCGGGCUUGCCACCAUUGGUGUCCGAAUUGGAGUACGAUGGCGGCAAGUAGCAUCUGGUGGAUGGCUACUCGACGAUUAUCUGAUGCCGUUAACGGGAGUUGUCUUUACUGCAGAGACGGUAGCAGCGGAUCUAGUCGUUGCCAAAUUCCAAGGUCUCACCAAUAGUUAUAUGACGAAUGAAGAGCGCACGAACAUCGACAUCCACGGUCAAGAACACUACAAUCGUGUCUGGGGAUCCAAGAUUCAGGUCAUCGGCUGGUUGUUAUAUGCCUGUACCUUGUGGUCGCUCAAGGUUUGCGUUACAGCAUUCUACGGCCGCCUCACGUCCGGAUUAACUCACCUCAAGACCCGUGUGAAACUUGCAUACAUCGUUCUUGGGAUUACCUACACGGCUGUCGCCCUCACGAUUCUUCUAUCAUGUCAACCAUUCAAUCACCUCUGGCAGGUCACCCCAGAUCCGGGAACCCUGUGCCGACCCAUAAACUCGCCAGCAUACGUACUGGUGGUGGUUAUUCCAAACAUCUUGAGAGAUAUCUACUUGCUUUCUAUUCCACUACCUCUUCUCUGGGGUGUCAAUAUUAGCUUGCGACGCAGGCUCACUCUUAUGCUUCUGUUCAGCGGUGCUCUCUUCAUUAUGAUGGCUGGCACGAUUCGAGCUGUGACAAUUCUCACUUCGGGGCCCAAUGGAGCAGUCUCGGGAAGCGCUUGGGCGUGUUGCGAAUCAUUUGUCGCCAUUGUCGUCACAAACUUACCGAUCAUCCAGCCUCUACUACGAAAGGGCGCGAGCAUGAUCGGCCUGAGUGUACUCUUCAGCCGGGGAACCAGAUCAACCUCCCAGAGCCACCAGCUCAGAAGUAGUGAGAUGGGCGGAAGUCGCUUCGGCACUAGUCGACGACGAGGGCCGAGUAGCCACCCACUCUCUACUGUCCCCCAUACAACGGCCUGGGGCAGCGACGAGCAUAUUCUGCCGGAAGACAGUGACGGCAAGUCAUUACGCACAAGAGAUCAGCGUGCAGUCAGAAGCUGCGCCCAAUGUUGAAGCUCCCGAUCCUUCAAGGGAUCCGGCAGCUAAUGACUGGAGCUACAAGACAGCAGUAGCAAGGACUCCGUCACAGAAGCGCUGAAUGUUAUCAUCGA